AUGAUGCACCGCGAAAUGUUCCCUGCGCAACAACCCCAGCGCGACACCUUCAUCCAGCGCCGCAUCAAACGCAACCCAGACCUGGCAUUCAAGCUGCACCAGAUGGCGCUUCCGCUAUCCCCUCUUGUCCAGCUCACCACGGGCGCAGUGCACCCCGACUUCCCGCGCACCGUCCUCCAGUUUUGGCUAUUGACCGACACGCAGCUCGAGGGCCUGGCCCACUUCUACCACCAAAAGGCCCUGUCGCCCUGGACCUCACAGUACCCUUGCCCUGUCGUCUGGCGGUCCGACGUGUCUCUGGAGGAGAAGCGUCGUAGGAUGGGCAAGUUCAUUGGCCUGAGGGGGUGCGAGUCUCCGUCGUGGCUCAAGUCUGAGGACGAAAUAGCUGCCGAGGCGAGACUGGCCAGCAUGGUCGCGCAGCAAGAAGACAUGCUGAGGAAAAAGCUGCAUCCCUGGUGA